AUGGGUCGUUCUAAAUCUCAUAAUAAAGCAUAUAUUACCAUGUCCGAAUGGGUAAGCGACUUUGGUGGAAAGACUGCCAAAGAAAAGAGAAGCUCAUUUAAACCAUUACCAUUUUAUUGUUGCAGUUUAUCACUACAGCAUUUAGAAGAGCCUGUAUCAAAUGAAAAUGGAAAUUUAUUUGAUUUAGAAAAUAUAACACAGUUUUUAAAAAAGCAUGGAAAAGACCCGAUUACUGGUAAUCCUGCAACUAUAAAAGAUUAUUUCCCAAUUAAUUUUUAUAAAAAUGAAAAUGAUGAAUACCAUUGUCCAAUUUUAGAAAAGGUUUUUACAGAUUUUAGCCAUAUUGUAGCAAUCAAAACAACUGGGAAUGUAUAUUCAUAUGAUUCAGUACAAAAAUUAAAUAUUGAAGCAAAGAAUUGGAUAGAUUUGUUAACAGAUAAACCAUUUAACAAAUCUGAUAUAGUUACAAUUCAAGAUCCAGUAAAUAGAUCGUCAAAAAAUACAAUGGGAAAUUUUCAUUUUGUUAAAGAGGGUAUAGAAUUUGAAAAAGGUGAAGUAGAAUCAAAUGUGAAUGUAAAUGAUGCAACAUCAAGAAUUUUUAAACAAAUGCAGGAAAAGGGUAUUCCUUUAUCUGAAAAAGAUAGUGAGGUUAAAUUAAAACAAAAAAUUCAAGAAAAAGAAGAGGAGUCUAAAAAACUAAUGACCGAAGAAGAAAAAAAGCAAAAAAUGUUUGAACAAUUUAAAAAAGAUAAAGCAGAAAAAGAAGAAUCAUUAAAGAAACGUGCAGUUCAAGCACCAUCAUUCACAAGUACAGGUUAUACAAAGACACGUCUAGACGAAGAGCAUCCAUCACUUACUCCUGGCAAAACUACAAAAAAGAAAGGGUAUGUUCAAUUAAAAACAAAUUUGGGUGAUUUAAAUCUACUAUUACAUUGCGACUUGGUACCAAAAGCAUGCGAAAACUUUUUAGAACAUUGCGAAUCAAAAUAUUACGAUAACCUUAUAUUCCAUAGAUUAAUAAAGAACUUUAUGAUUCAAGGUGGUGACCCAACAGGUACUGGUAGAGGAGGUGAAUCAAUAUGGGGCAAACCUUUCAAAGAUGAAUUUAAACCAAAUUUACUACACAAUGAAAGAGGUAUUCUAAGUAUGGCAAACUCUGGUACAAACACAAACAACUCACAGUUCUUCAUCACCUUUAGGGAAUGUCCUCAUUUAAAUAAUAAACAUACAGUAUUUGGUAAAGUGGUAGGUGGCAUGGAAGUUUUAAAGACUAUAGAAUUGGUUAAAACAAACGAACAAGACAAACCAAAUCACAAUAUUAAAAUCCUUGGAACUAAAGUUAUUCAAAAUCCAUUUAGAACAUUAGACGAGGAGCAAUUUGAAGAGAAAUUAAAACAAGAAAAAAAAAAUAGAGAAAAACUACAAAAAUCAGAGGUAUUGGAUGAACAAGUUGAAGGAAAUCAAAAAGGCUUAUGGUAUAGUAAUCCAACACCAGAAUUAAAAGCAAACAAUGAUAAGACAGUCGGUAAGUAUUUAAAUAACUCUGCAUCAUCACCAUCCUCUUCAUUGGGCAAAAGAUUAAAUGAAUUACCACCAAAAAACAAUCCACUUAAAGAAACUUUAAUAAAACAACAAGAACAACAAAAAAAAGUAAAAACCUCAUCAUAUGGUAAUUUUUCAAAUUGGUAG